GCAGGCCUCCAUCAGUGGAAAACUGAAAUCACCUGUGUUAGUGUGCAGGAGCUAGUGUGGAGCCAUCUUGGAGCCAUUGUGACUUCAGACACACGUUGGCUUGAGCCCGUUCCCGCUGAAGACAUGGCCAGCAUAGACGUACUGAGCACCAGGUUCCGCUUUUAUGACAACAUGUACAGUCAGGAUUUACGAGAACAAAGCUUUGCUGACUGGCCGUUUAGGGAGGAAUGUAACUGCACCCCUGAGAAGAUGGCCAGGGCCGGGUUCAUCCACUGCCCCAGUGAGAAUGAGCCUGAUGUCGCCUCGUGUUUCUACUGCCUGAUUGAGCUCGAGGGUUGGGAGCCAGAUGAUGAUCCCUGGACUGAACAUGUAAAACGCUCUCCUAACUGUGGAUUCUUAACCAUGAAGAAAGACUUCACUAAGCUAACUGCGGCAGAAUACUAUGUCAUCGAGAAAAAGAGGAUAAAGGUCUUCCUUAGGAAAGUCUGUCACAAGAAGAUGGCAUAUUUACGGGACGAAAUCGACCAAACUCUUGAGAGGCUAAAAUCCCAGUUUGACUCUGAGAUUUAAGGAAAGUGACCAUUCUCUGCUUCACUCAUCUUGAGGGUGUCACAGGAGCCUGUGGUCUUCACUCAGUAGCUUGAUGCAAUACCAGUUUAUAUCAAUAAAGUUUUGAAGAAUAUAA